GAUCCUGAGGAUCCCGAGCAUCCCAAAGAUCCCCGAGGAUGGCAAUGCUGAUCCUGAGGAUCCCGAUCCUGAUCCCGAGGAUCCCGAUCCUGAUCCCGAUCCUGAAGAUCCUGAGGAUCCUGAUCCAGAUCCCGAAGAUCCUGAGGAUCCCGAUCCUGAUCCUCAUCCUGAUCCCGAAGAUCUCAAUCCUGAUCCCGAUCCCAAGGAUCCCGAAGAUCCUGAGGAUCCCAAUCCCCAUCCCGAUCCUGAUCCCCAAGAUCCCAAUCCCAAUCCUGAUCACGAGGAUCCCGAUCCCAAUCCUGAUCCCGAGAAUCCCGGUCCUGAUCCCAAAGAUCCCGAUCCCAAAGGUCCUGAGGAUCCCGAUCCCAAGGAUCCCACAGAUCCCAAUCCUGAUCCUGAGGAUCCUGGUCCUGAUCCCGAGGAUCCUGAUCCCCAUCCCAAGGAUCCUGAGGAUUCCGAUCCCGAUCCUGAUCCCAAAGAUCCCAAUCCUGAUCCCGAUCCCAAGGAUCCUGAGGAUCCCGAUCCCAAGGAUCUCACAGAUCCCAAUCCUGAUCCCGAGGAUCCCGAGGAUCCCAAUCCCAAGGAUCCUGAGGAUUCUGAUCCUGAUCCCGAUCCCAAAGAUCCUGAGGAUCCCGAUCCCAAGGAUCUCACAGAUCCCAGUCCUGAUCCCGAGGAUCCCGAGGAUCCCAAUCCCAAGGAUCCUGAGGAUUCUGAUCCUGAUCCCGAAGAUCCCAAUCCCAAUCCUGAUCCCGAGGAUCCCGAUCCCAAUCCUGAUCCUGAGGAUCCUGAUCCCCAUCCCAAGGAUCCUGAGGAUCCCGAGGAUCCAAAUCCCCAGGAUGGCAAUGCUGAUCCCGAGGAUCCCGAUCCUGAUCCCAAGGAUCCUGAGGAUCCCGAUCCUGAUCUUCAUCCUGAUCCCGAAGAUCUCAGUCCUGAUCCCGAUCCCAAUCCCAAGGAUCCUGAGGAUCCCAGUCCUGAUCCCAAGGAUCCCGAAGAUCCUGAGGAUCCCAAUCUUCAUCCCGAUCCCAAGGAUCCCACAGAUCCCAAUCCUGAUCCCGAGGAUCCCGAUCCCAAUCCUGAUCCUGAGGAUCCCGGUCCUGAUCCCGAGGAUCCUGAUCCCAAUCCCAAGGAUCCUGAGGAUUCCGAUCCCGAUCCUGAUCCCAAAGAUCCCAAUCCUGAUCCCGAUCCCAAAGAUCCUGAGGAUCCCGAUCCCAAGGAUCUCACAGAUCCCAAUCCUGAUCCCGAGGAUCCCGAGGAUCCCAAUCCCAAGGAUCCUGAGGAUUCUGAUCCUGAUCCCGAUCCCAAAGAUCCUGAGGAUCCCAAUCCUGAUCCCGAAGAUCCCAAUCCCAAUCCUGAUCCCGAGGAUCCCGAUCCCAAUCCUGAUCCCGAGGAUCCCAAGGAUCCCAAUCCCAAAGAUCCCGAGGAUCCCACAGAUCCCGAUCCCGAGGAGCCCUGGGGACCCUGGGAGGAGAGCGAUGGUGGCACCCGGGGGACCCCCGGGAUCAGCGACAUCCCAAAAUUCCCGGAGCUCCGGGGGUUCCCAGGG